ACUUUUAUAGGUUAUAUAAACGUCAUGUUAAACGCUAUUAAAAACAAAUUAUCAGCAAAUGAUUAUUUUAUGUUUCUUUACACGUAGCGUAAGUGUACUACGUUGUUUCGUUUUAUCAUAAUGAAUGAAAACUCCAAUACAAAAAGCUGGGUAGGAACAAGUUUAAAUGAAAUAUACGGAAAAUGGGGCCCUUGGAAUUAUAUUACUGAUCCCGUAACUCCUUCAAGAUAUAACCAUGUCUUCUAUAACUUAGAAACAGUUGACCUUAAAAAUCCACCCAAACCUUACUGUAGUUCUGAGAAAUUAUUAUGGGAUAAUGAUAAUGUUCGAAUGCCAUUUUGUGAGAAGAACUUGUUUCCAGUUCAAAAUGAUGACGGCACUGAAGUUCUCAAACCACGUUGGGAAAUAAUUCAAACAUCACUAUUGCAAACAAUAAACAACAGUAGAGAACUAGAAGCUUUAAUGAAUACGUACAAUACAAGAUUACCAAGACUUAUAAAUUUACACCAUUUUUUUGAGGAGGAAUUAGAACAGGAAGAAGCUGAACAUUUCUUCAAAAAUGUUUUACCUGGGAUUAUUGAUCUUGCCUUACAAUUACCACAUCUUGUACAAAAGAAUGUACCGCUACUCAAGCAAGGAGUCCAAAAAUCACUUACACUCACACAACAACAAAUAGCAUCUCUAUUAGCAAAUGCAUUUCUUUGUACCUUUCCUUGGCGAAAGGAUACAGCAACUUCAUAUCCAGGUGUUAACUUUAUAAGAAUUUUUGGAUUUCAAUAUAAACCCACUAGACAAAAUGCCAUCAUGAACAAGCUUAGAUGUAUUUGUCACUAUUUCAGAAAAGUUUUGGUAAAAAGUCCUGUAGGGGUGGUAACAUUUGAAAGAAAAUCAUUAUCAAAGCAUUUAUUUCCUCGUUGGGAUAAAGAAGAAAAUAAUUUGGGAAAUACCAGAAUUCAUAUUUGCAGUGAAGGGAAGAUUGAAGAUGCCAAAGGACUUUUACAAGUUGAUUUUGCAAACAAGAAUGUAGGGGGUGGAGUUUUAGGGUCUGGUUGUGUUCAGGAAGAAAUUCGUUACAUAAUUUCUCCAGAAUUAAUUAUCAGCCGACUUUUUACUGAACGUUUGGAUUCAAAUGAGGCACUUGUAGUAAUCGGAGCUGAAAGAUAUAGUAAAUAUAAGGGGUAUGGAGACUCCUUCGAAUGGGCGGGCAAUUGCGAGGACUUGACCCCUUAUGACGAAUAUGGGAGAAGAAGAACAACCAUUGUUGCUAUUGAUGCAAUCCCUUUUCGAAAAGCCAGUGACCAGUACACCUCAGCAUUGAUGCUUAGAGAAUUAAAUAAAGCUUACGUAGGUUUUUAUUCACGUUUCGAAAAACAUCUUCCUGCUGUAGCUACUGGGAAUUGGGGCUGCGGAGCCUUUAGGGGAAAUCCAUACCUAAAGUCUUUGCUUCAGUUUAUGGCCUGCUCUGCCACAAAACGCGACUUAGUUUAUUUCACUUUUGGUGACUCUGAACUUCGAGACAGCAUUUAUAACAUGUACACAUUUAUUGCCACAAAUCAAAUAACAACAGGAAAACUUUGGCGGUAUUUGUGCUCGUUUUCAAAUUCGAAACUGUCUGGCGACAGCUUAUUUGCCUUCAUACAGCAGGCCCAUUUUGAUGUUAAAAAACAGUUGGCUAUAACAGAUUUUAUGAAGAACUUUUCAACAGAGGCGCCAUCCACUUCGUUUUCCUCUAAAUCUUUUAAGAAAAGUUCUUUGUUGGGGGAAAAUGAAGCUAAAACAGUUACUUCUCAGGAUUCCCCUGAUGCCACCAUUUCAAUUGAUGAAGGCAUUGAUGAUAGGCAAGAAUCCUCCCAAGCAGAAGAUUCAAUUUUAAAAAAUAUGUUUUGUAUUAAAAAAAAAUCGGAGGAAAGUGGAAGCAAAACAGAACAGAAAGAGACAACUGCUAAACCUCAGAUUGAUUCGCGAAAAAUAUUAAAUUUGUUUCAAAAAAUAGAUGGUAAUGUUGAAGUUACUGAAACACGAACAUCUUUUUCAAUGGAAAUUGAUACGCUAAAUGAAGUCCCUACAAACGAAAACGUCGAAGAAGAAAUUACGAACGAUAGUGGGUGUUUAACUCAAAGUGAAGAAACAUUAAUGGAGCUUGAUGAAGUUGUUGUCCAAAAGAAUGAAGAAUUAACAUUUAACAGAAAUUCACUAAAACCCAACAAACCACAAAAGAAAAUAACAGAUUUUUUUAAAACAUCAUCUCCUAGAUGACAUUAAAUUAAUAAUUUC